AUGCAGCUGCUUCCAUCGAGCAUGAUGUUGGUGAUGGGAGGAUACGGAUCACCAGCGCCUGGAUGGCAAGGUCCGAGCAAUCCCGACGGCUUCACCUCGCAAGCCCCAGAUUUUGACAUUGGUGCUCGUCAUGGAGAAAUCGUUUUGGUUGGCGUCUCCUUUGCUGUAAUCUUCAGCGUGGAUCCAUUGUGUGUCCGAUCCAUGCGUGUCAUGUCCGGCGGCCAAAUUGACGUCUGUUUCCUUGCAGCUGGUGCUAGUGCUACUCCUCUGUACCGAGGUGGUCUCACUCGGAUUAAUGCAAGCCUCAUCUCGCUACAUGACGAAUGCCUGGCCGACGAGAAAGGUGUGGAAGCCAAAGACAGGAUUCCGCAUGUGGAAGAUUGUCCGCUCGGCGGUGCAGCGCUUCGCUGUCAGAUCUUGCCCAAAUCAAUCUUGCUGUGGUACCUGGAUGUGCCGUGCAUACGGGCUUCGGCCGCAAGCUCCAAACAUGGCCGUGUGGAUGCUGAACACCAAGGGCAGCUUAGACCGCUGAAAGCCAGCACAAGCCGAGGACCGGAGCUCGAUCCUUGCACAGACGAGUACGAAUGGAGAGGUCGUCAUGAUCAGCAAGCUGAAGCUCACUAG